AUGGCCACUGAUGCUGGUUCGCGUGGGUUUACUGGUCGGGCUGGGAACGAGAGCGCGCCCAUGGCUGGUUGGAAGGCACCGCCAGCUAGGGUGGUGAAGGUGAACACGAAUGUCUCUCUUUCAGCGUCUGGUGAGUGUGGUAUGGGGCUGGUUGCAAGGGACUCUCGAGGUCGGGUGCUUGCUUCUGUCGCUGCUCGCGAGUUUCACUCUCUCACCAUUGCUGUGACUGAAGGUAUUGUUGUCAAAUGGGCAAUCAGGUUGGCUUUGGAUUUGGUCUUCAAGGAUGUGAUCUUUGAAACCGAUAACAUGCAAGUUGUUAGUGCAUGGUCUACGUUCUCCUCUAAUUUUUCGUAUUUAGCGUCUGUAGUGUCGGAUUGUGUUGCUUUGUUCUCUAGUUUUAGUUCGUUUAGCUUGUGUCAUGUUCGUCGCGGUGCGAAUAAGGCCGCUGAUUUUAUGGCAAAGUAUGCCUUGUCUGGUCAAUGUUUUGUUUGGAUAGAUGAUGCUCCUCAUGCUUUAGAGGGCAUACUAUCCAUGGAUGUUGCAGCAAUUUCUUCUUAA